GUGUGCUCUUGUAUUUCCACUCAGUCAUUGUAUCAGUAUUUCUGGAACCUGCAAAUAAGUUUGAACUUAGAGUACACAAUGAUAUGUCAUGCUUGGUUCAGUCUGAUAUCAUCCUCUACGCAGAUGACUCACAAGUAAUAGGCUGCUAUAACACUGAUGAAAAUUUGAUAUGCCGUAUUGAGUAAACGCUUGGAGAAUAAAGUGCUUUCUCUGUAUGGCAGAUUAAGUAUACCAUUAGAAUUACUGAGUGAAAACACAGUGGCACACACAGCACCGAGACAUGCAACAUGCAUCACCUUGUAUGUGAUGGUAUACCAUGAAGUGGACCACACUGCAUGGGAUUUAUCUUCUAUUUCACACAUAUGCAGUGCCAUUUUUCUGUUCUAUGCAUGGAACAUGAUUUAAAAUCCUGUACAUGUCAGUAGGUAUGUGCAACAAGCUGAGUCAACCAAUGCAGCAACAGCUCCAAAAUAGCAAACCAGGUAUGAGAUUAAUCCUGUGUUAUGCACAAUACUGAAAUACCUUGAGACGCAUCUUUAUAUUCAUGUAUGCCCAACAUUACUGCUCUGUUCCAAUAUACAAUGCCUGCAUUCUGAUUUAAUGUUUAAUUGUUUACUUACAGCGCCUGACACUGAGUGUGAGCAGCAAGAGCUUCCUCACACCACACCAGAAUUUUAUCAUAUUGAGAGGGAUGCUUCCCAAAUACUGGAUUUGCUGAUGUCAGGUGAGGUUUCUGACUUAGAGCUCUCAGAAAACGAAGAAAGUGGCCCUGAUGAUGCAGAAUCUAUUCCACAAUGCACUAGACCUGGUGCUGAUGUAGCCACAAACUACGAAGAGGAACUGGAGGACGAUAGUUGCAGCACAGAAGAUGAUGACCAAAAUCAUACUUAUGCACAGGACUCAAAUGUUGAAGACUAUUAUUCCAUCUGAGUGGGUGUUUAGUGAAAAAAGUGAUAUUAGAUGGAGAAGAAAAUCGCCUACACUCCAAAACACACCUAUAGGUGAAGACCAGUAUUCAGUGCAGCCAUCAGAGUGUGAUAUGACACCCAUUGAAUAUUUUUCAGAGUACAUUUCUCAUGCUUGCUUAGAAAAUAUGGUUGAAAAAACCAACAUGUAUGCAUUGCAACACGGGAAAACAUUUACACCGACAAAUGUAACGGAAAUAAAGGCUUUCCUAGGACUUCAUAUAAUUAUGGGAUGCUUGAAAUACCCCAGAGUUAGAAUGUAUUGGGAUUCAGCAUUGCAUUUAGAUCCCUUUGUGGAAAGUAUGUCAAGAGAGAGAUUUUUCCAACUGAGAUCAAAUUUCCAUGUAAUUGACAAUUUCGCAAGGCCAGAAAAUUGCAAAGACAAAUUUUACAAAGUGAGACCCAUUUAUGAUUGUAUUAGACGUAGAUGUUUGGAACUACAGACUGAGGAAGAAUUGUGUGUUGACGAGCAAAUGAUUCCUUUCAAAGGUCAUUUAGGAGUAAAGCAGUAUUGUAAGGGAAAGCCAAAACCUUGGGGUAUAAAACUGUGUUUAUUAUGUGGAAGAAGUGGUCUGUGCUAUGACUUUCUGUUGUACCAAGGAGAUACUCCAGAAAUCUCAAACAAGUUUGUAAGAAAGUUUGGUUUAGGGGCAUCUAUUGUUCUAAAACUUGUUGAGAGAAUUAACAGGGAACAUGCUUAUUUAUAUUUUGAUAAUUUCUUCACAACAUUCAACUUACUAGAAAUAUUAAAAAUAAAAAAUAUAUAUGCAGCAGGAACAGCAAGACUAUGUCGCAUGCCAAAUGUACCUUUCACCAGUGAUAAGGAUUUGAAAAAGAAAGGGCGUGGUUUUUCUGAAGAAGUGGUGAGCAUGAAUGAAGCAUUGAUAAUGUGUAAAUGGUUUGACAACAGACCAGUAGUUCUGGCAUCAAAUUUUGUAGGAUGUGGUAGUCAAGAUGAAGUACAGCGCUGGGAAAAAUCAAGAAAGACAUAUGUUUCUGUCUCACAGCCUGAAGUUGUACGUUGUUACAACCAUGCUAUGGGUGGUGUUGACAAAAUAGAUAUGUUAAUUAGCAUGUAUAGGAUUUUUAUUAAACCUAGAAAAUGGACAUUGAGAAUGUUGUUCCAUGCUGUAGAUUUAGCGUGUGUGAACAGUUGGUUGGAAUACAAAAGAAAUACUGAAUCACUGGGAGAGAAAGAGACAAUGGAUUUACUUCAUUUUAAGAUGAGAAUAGGAGAGGCUCUUGUAAAAAUGGGCACUAGUACCAAAGUGAAACGUGGCAGACCCAGUAGUGAUUUACAGGACAUAAAAGCAAAAAGAGCAAGAACUGAGAUUCGUCCGGCACCAGAGAUUCGGAAUGAUCUUACUGGACAUUUUCCUGGGUACCAUGAUAAUACAGAAGCUUCAAGGUGUAAAAUGCCUAGUUGUAAGAAUAAAACUCAUGUCUUUUGUGAGAAAUGUAAUGUUCAUCGAUGUUUUGUCAAAGGAAGGAAUUGUUUCAAAAUGUUCCACAAUGCAGGAUGUAA